AACUAGUCUGCCUAAAAAAAAUAGGAGAUUGUGGUAUUAUAACAACGCACUUUCCACUGCCCAAUUUGAGAGAGAGGGAGAGCGAGAGAUGGCAGCAACAUCACCUUCGUCUCCAUCGCAGGCCUCCACUGCCUCAGACUCUGACCAGGAUCUCAUAAAGCAGAUAAGGAGCCACGAGGUUGCUAUAGCGGAGCUCAAUAAUCUUCCUUCCUCUCGGGUGGUCUAUCAGAUAAACGGGAAUAUAUUUUUCUGUACAACUGUGCAGAAAGCAACAGCCUUUGAACAGAGAAAAAUCGAUACUACCAAAGCUAAGUUACAAAAGUUGAAUUCAUCUUGAUAUACUAGGCCUACUUCAUAGUUUGCCCAUGGUAUUUGUUGGUGUCUAGUUAUGGGGAACAUGUGAAAAAGACCUCUUACCUUUGAUAUGUGUUUGCCGUUCUGUGUUGUACAUAUACUCCUUGAUGAUUUCAUUUGAAUCAGCUUUAUGUGGAUUUGGAGAUUGUAAAUCCUUGAGUAGAUUUUUCGGUAAUCUGGUUUAUAAUCACUUUUCAUAUGCAAGCAGGUUAAAAAAACCCGAAGGCAUCACGUUUCACAAAUAUGCUUUUCGUAGUUUGUUUUCCACAAAUAGGAUCGGAGCUUCUAAUGCCAGGCGAAGAAUUCAGCAGGAUACUGGCUUAUACACAUGAAUGCUCCAUGAUAGUUGACUUUGUGUUGCUUUUCUUUCAUGCCUUUCUGGGUUCAUGGUUCGAUAUUUUGGUGUCCUAGGCGUAAAGGAACCACACCCGUAGGUUCUGCAGAAAAAUAGCUCGACGCCA